AUUCAUACACCAAACGUAAGGUCAGGCUUCUCCACCUAACUGUUUGCUGCUGGGGAUUCACUCAGAACAUGGCUACAUCCACUCUCCCCUUCUCGCCGGCGGCGGCGAGCUCGUCCUUCCUCCUUCGGACUGCCGGAACCUCGCCUUUGGUUGUUAAAUCAGCAUCUUUCCCUUCGCCUUUGGGUUCCAACUGCCGGAGAAGGAGAAGAGCUGCGUUGAGAACUAUUUCGUGCCGUGUUGCUUCCGCUUCAGCCUCAGUUGAUAAGGAGAAGGAUGCAUCGGUAUCGGGAUCGAGUGAGGCUGAGGAGCAGGGAGAGCAAGUGAAUGCGAAGAUUGGGGCGAGGGUUAGGGUGAAGGCGCCUCUCAAGGUCUAUCACGUCCCUCGCGUGCCAGAGAUCGAUCUCACUGGACUGGAAGGAGUGAUGAAGCAGUAUGUAGGGCUCUGGAAGGGGAAGCGCAUUUCCGCCAAUCUACCGUACAAAGUGGAGUUUGUCAAGGAAAUUGAAGGUAGGGGACCGGUCAAAUUCUUUACCCAUCUCAAGAAGGACGAGUUCGAAUAUCUCGAUUAGAGUUCUUAGCGUCGGCUUUGCCAGUCCAUAUUAUCAGGCAAUAACUUCUUCUCUCUUGAUUCCUCCAACAAACCGAUUAAUUAUCUGCUGUUGUAUGUAAUUUACUUUCGCUCUCCCCAGAAAUUUCUUAGUUUUGGUUAAAUAAUUGUUAUUGUUCAAGUUUGAAUUACAAGGGUUACUUGCACAUUUUGGUAACUAGUGAUAUACCUACUUUCACUGCUUCUUC